AUGAUCCUGAUUGGCAUCAUGAGUAUCGCCCUUCCGCUAAUAGUCUCAGCGCAAACUCUUGGCGCAUGUGGAGGAUGCCAUGCUGGUGCAGUUCUAUUGAAAAAUCAUUAUGGACCCUGGAAGGAGAAUGGAAACCCCGAGAUUUUCCUUCCGACCGACUCGUGGUUGAAUCAUCCUUUCGUAUUCCAGUCUGCAGGAAUUAAGACCAGUUUUCUGCCUUACUUUAACAGCAAGACAAACACCUUCGAUUUUGAGAAGUUCUCUGACACCAUCAAAUCCUUGCCAACUCAAUCCGUCAUUCUUGUCCAGUCUGGAGCCCAGAACCCAACUGGAUGUGAUCCAUCACCAGAACAGUGGCAAGAGCUAGCUUCCAUCUUCUUAGAGCGUGGUCACUUGGCUUUCUUCGAUGCCGCAUACCCCGGAUUUGCCUCAGGAGAUAUUGACGCGGACCUUGCAGGCGUUCGCUUGUUUGCUGAGAAGGAAAUCCCGUUUGUUUUCGUCUCAACGUACGGAAAGUCCUUUGGGCUUUAUAGCGAGCGCGUUGGAAUUAUCUCGGUUCUCGUUCCAAACGAGCAGGCGGGAAAGAAUAUUGAAGCGCAAUUCAGUCUACUUGCAAGAUCAGAGUCUGGCGCGCCACCCGAUUUUGGGUCCAGGAUUGUUGAAACAAUUCUGUCAGAUGAGGUUUUAGAGCGCCAAUGGCGAGAGGAAGUGCGCGAUAUGGCAAACCAACUCAACAACCGUCGAGUUGCGCUAAGGGAAGCUUUGGAGAAGUUGGAAACACCAGGUAGCUGGAGGCAUAUCACUGAACAGAGGGGAAUGUUUUCAUAUGUUGGACUAUCCGUCGAACAGGUCACUCUCCUCCGGGACAAGUACCAUGUGUAUCUUCAAGACUCUGGGAGAAUCUCUAUCGCUGGGCUUAACAGCUCCAAUAUCGACCACACUGCUCGCAGUAUCAGUGCUGUUGUUAAAGCUACGACUUAG